UACAUACACCACGCCCAUGGAGGACAUCAAGAGGUUAACGAUUGGGAAACCUGAUGCUUCGGCCAAUUAUCACUCCAUUCUCCUAGCAAAGCUCCAUUCAUUGUAUUCAAAGAUCAAAGGAUACGCUGCGGCGUUCGACGUGUCCAGAAGGCCCAGAACGGUCCCAACUUAUGUCGAUCAACUCAGGACCAUACAUUUACCCAACUUACAAGAGGACAUUGUUCGAUUGAAUGACAUCCUGCUUUGUGCCUCCAAGCCAACGGAAGAUCAAUCGUAUGAGUAUCGGUUUCAAGUCGCAUUAAGGGCAUUGCUAGAUAUUGAGCAGACGAUUCACCGGAUCCAUGCGUUAAUGUCCUUGCUCUGGACCUCCGAAGGAACAAAAACAAUCGUCCUGGAUCUAACACGCUUUCGAAGUCGAUUUACCGAGAAAAGAAUUGCCGGUCUAUGGAAGAAUCUAGAACAUCUCUUCGCUACCUAUACCAAGUUGUUCCCCCUCUGUGGAAUGCUCAGACAAGUCGAUGGGACCAUGCUCGAUUCAUUCAGACUAAGAUCGAUGCAAUCUACCAAUCGAGCGAGAGACGGUUUGAAGAAACUCAUCGAUUGGUUGGAGAUUCCCGAUUUUAGAGUCCUUCAACAUGCUUGGGCGUCGACGGUCAACGACUUUGACAAAGCCCUGAAGGGCAUGACCGAGUCACGCCAAGCAGAAACAGAGGAUCCUGAACCGAUCUUUCAAGAAUCUUACUCUGACGGUAUCAUUGUGAUUAAGUUAUUAAGGAUCUUCAUGCGCAAAUUGUCGAGAGUGGACAAUAUUGAACUUUCUCAAAUGCCCUCGACCGUCCAUGUAUCCAUCCUCAAAGCUACGGCCCCAUUAUCCAGAGGUCUCAAUUCACUUAUCCGCGACAUCGACGAUGCUGACUACUUCGAUGGGCAGGACGACCACUUUCAUCCAGAACCAGCCGGUCCAGUGGCUGGCACAGUCACCGAAAUCAUCAAGAUUUUGAACAAGUAUUUCAAGCUGCAAGAAGCUUCUUCUACUCCCCUCUCCCAUCGCAACCAGUUUCGGGACUGGUCUAAUAUGUGGAACAAUCACUUCGAGAUUGCCGUCGAGCGCUUACACAGCUCCCAACGAAUCGCAUUCGAUGCAUUUUUACGCCAGAUGCGCGAGCCUCCUGGACUGUAAUUCCACGUCGUUGAACUUCGGACCUCAAUUUCAGAAACUAAACCCGAACACACAUGGCUGUCCCCACCAAAGAGCUAAGCACAGCUCUCCUGGACCUUUGCUUUGUUUUUUCCCUUUCUCUGUGGAAGUUUGUUUUUAUAGAACCAACCUGUUGAAGGCAAAAAUCUCGACUUCUGAUAAGGAAUCAUGUUUUUAUCACCCUCCUCUACUGUACUGGUAUCAGCUUAUCUAUUCUUUGCUUGGUUUUGUACAUCAUUCCCACUUUAUCCAUGUGCUUUGUUGUUCAGCUUGACACACCCAAUGUUGAACAUGUUUUCUACCUGCUCAGAGGUAUGAUGGGAGCUGAGAUGGGAGAAUUAGUGACUACAGCCGAUAGAAGCAUCUUGUCUCAAAACUUGUGAUUUUAAAAUGAUUGAAUUCCAGAUGACUGUUUUGUGAUUCCUGAUCAAUGACAAGACUUCUCAAAUGCC